UGAAGUAGCAGCCUAUUUGUCCGCAUCCCACCGCUGUGACUGCCUUUUUCUAACUUAAAAUAAGAUACAAACGGAACUUUGCAGGAAGAUAGCUGGUUUGUUUUUAGAGCAUCUUAAAAACAAUUACAGAAUAUAUUUUUUUAUGAUCGGUGGUCCAAGUGAAUUUGUGGCUCUUCAAUAGUAGGAAACUUUUAAAAUUUAAAUUAUCAGUUAUUUGUCCCCAUUAAGUCCUAAAAGAUGUGGACUUUUCUGGGAAUAGCCAGCUUUACAUAUCUUUAUAAAAAAUCAAACAUGUUUUUGACUUUGGCUUACAAAGAGCUCGCUAUGGCCGCGGCUCUACUGCUCACUGUCGGGCUGUUGUUCCAGUGCAUCAGGUACUUCACUGGCCAGAAGCUCACAGUCUCUCAGGUGUUUCAUUUGCCCUGGAGUCUUUUGUCUCUUUUACCCGUUAUCAACAACUUUGUUCCCCGAGCUUCAACACAGUGGAACGAGAGAGCAAAGAUGAACUGUAAAAAGGGCCUGAAAACAAAGAAAGGAGUUAAAGUAGAGUCAUCUGCCUCAAACAGUUGCCUUUCAGUGGCCCCAGACCCCGAUGUACUGAUAGUUGGGGCGGGAGUGCUGGGUUCAGCCAUGGCAGCUGUCCUAGCCCGGGACGGAAGGAAAGUGACGGUGGUUGAGAGGGACCUUAAGGAGCCGGACAGGAUUGUUGGGGAGCUACUGCAGCCUGGGGGAUAUAAAGCCCUCAAAGAACUGGGACUUGAAGGUUCAGUGGAGGGUCUGGAUGCUCACAUAGUCAAUGGAUAUGUGAUCCAUGACAUAGAGAGCAGCACAGAGGUGGAGAUCCCCUAUCCUCAGAAAGAGGACAACAUCCAGUGUGGCCGUGCCUUCCAUCACGGACGCUUCAUCAUGGGCCUCAGGAGAACCGCCCGGGCUGAGCCAAAUGUCACAUUCAUAGAAGGCACUGUGACCAGUCUGCAGGAAGAGGACGGCUGUAUCACAGGACUCCAGUACAAGGAUAAAGAAACUGGAGACAUCAAGGAAGUUUCUGCAGCACUAACUGUGGUAGCUGAUGGCUGUUUCUCCAAAUUCAGAAAGAGUCUUGUUAAUGAGAAAGCUAAGACCUCCUCUCAUUUUGUUGGAUGUCUUAUGAGGGACUGUCCCCAGUUCAAAGCUCACCAUGCUGAGCUAGUGCUGGCACACCCCAGCCCAGUGCUCAUCUAUCAAAUCUCCUCCUCGCACACCAGAGUCCUUGUGGACAUCAGAGGGGAGAUGCCUCGCAACCUUUCAGAUUACAUGGCCGAGAAGAUUUACCCACAGUUGCCAGAGCAUUUAAAGGAACCUUUCAUGUCGGCACUGCAGAAUGAUCGACUCAGGUCCAUGCCUGCCAGCUUUCUACCUCCCUCCCCGACCAGCAAGUCAGGUGUGCUUCUCCUGGGCGAUGCUUACAACAUGAGGCAUCCUCUCACGGGGGGAGGAAUGAGCGUUGCUCUCAAUGAUAUUUGCAUCUGGAGGAAUCUGCUCAACAACAUCUCAGACCUGCACAAUGACGUGGAGAUGAUGCAGGCAAGGAAAAAAUUCCACUGGGAACGCAAGUCAUCACAUUCCUUUGUGGUGAAUGUUUUAGCCCAGGCCCUAUAUGAGCUGUUUGCAGCCACUGACAAUUCUCUUCAUGAACUGAGGAAAGCCUGCUUCCAGUACUUCAAACUCGGUGGAGAGUGCAUUAACGGGCCCAUUGGACUCCUCUCUGUGUUGUCUCCCAAACCCAUGACCCUCAUUGGACACUUCUUUGCGGUUGCAAUGUACGCAAUCUACGUCAACUUCAAGUCUGAAUCAUGGAGCACCAAACCACGAGCUUUAUUCCGGAGUGGAGCGAUCCUGUACCGUGCUUGCACAGUCAUGUUUCCACUCAUCUACUCUGAACUCCAGUACCUGGUGUACUGAGAAGACCUACAAGACAUCUGGACACAGGGGGACCAAACUGUAAAUAGAAAUUACUUGAUUGGGAGUAAUAUCUAUGAACAGAUUCUGCAUUUGAAUUGGAGUAUGCAUGACUGUUUAUAUUUCUGAGACCUGGCCAUACUCUUUAGCAUAACUGGGGACAUAUGAUAUGCUGUUGUCCAGACCCCCACUGAAUCAAAUCAAAGCAAAUGUUGAAGUUACACCUUUGUAUGUGACAACAUGUUGUUAGUCACUAUCCUGGUUAUUGUUGAGUUUUAUAAAUUGUGUGUAACUUUAUGCCUUUUAUACCAUUUCAAGCCCAGUCACAUAUUAAUGACUUAUAUCAUUAAAGUUUGUGUGGGUUCAGUGCUUGGGCCUUAGGAUGGAGGCUGGGAUUGGGCCAUCGUCCUCUAAAUACCGAGUGGGGUUUGAGAUUUGUUAUUGAAUGCUGAUGUCCUGCUGAAAAAGAGAACAUUUUGCCAUCAUUACUUGAAGUAAAAUUGAGGCCUUUUGUCUCUAGCCUUACUGAAGACAUCUUCUUCCUUCUUAAUGCCUUAUUUCAAAUGAGACAUUUGAGACGACAGUGUCUUGAUGCAACCAUGUCCCUGUUCACCCACACAAAUUGUCCCAGUGUGUUCAAAAACCCUGUUAACCCCUGUUAAUACACUUGACAUUCUUUAAUGUGGACUGUACUUGCCCAACAGAACUGCUAUGAAGUAAAUAAAGUUAGAUUUCCAGAAAAAUUAUUAUCUGACAACUUUCCUUCUGAUAUACUGGAUACAAGGAAAAUGAUGUGUGGUGUUAAAGAUUUUUUACAAAUAAAAAUCUGGAAAGUG